CUUAAUCUGUGUAAAUAAUAAAAUAACUGCAAUCAAGAAACGCUUUGUCUUAAUAAGUCAAUCGGAACACUUUGUUGUAGACCGUCGUUUCUGCUCCAGCUGUUUAUGUGGAGACACAGAGUGUGUCACACACGUGGAUGUUCUGCAAGUGUAUACAAGGGAAGGAGAGCGGCGAGUGGGUCGGUUUUGUGUGUGUUUUCCUGUAAUAUCAAGCAACCAUGGUGGGCAAAAUUAAACGAACCAGGCAGAAAUUACAUCAAGAGGCAGUAAAGGUCCAACUACCCCAUGCAGAAAUAUUGAAUGUUAAAGGAGAGUCUCCUCAGAUCGUGCAGAAACCCUUGGUUGAUGUGUCAAGAACGAAUGAGACUGGACAUCAGCGUUUCCAGAAACGAGAUGUCCUGUCAUCAUCAAUCUUUGCUCAUACGAAAAUUGACCCAGCUGCUCUUGUAAAGACACUGAAUUAUACUAAUGACAGCAAUUCACCUUCCAUUCCUACUGGUGCAAGCCCAGAACUGGAUCAGAUGUCUAUAAAACAAAACUAUGAGGCUGAAGAAAGAAAACAAAUGAAAAAAAAAGAAAAAAUGAAGCAACGAAGAGAUAAAUGGCUAAACAAAAUAAACAACAUCAAACUUGCCAAUCAAAAGCAGAAAGAAGAAGCUAAGAGGAAAAAAACCCCAGUAGUAGGUGAUAUGCAGCCACUAGCUGAUGCUUUGCCAGAGCUGUCUCAACUGAUUACAAGUAGCAGACAACGUUCCCUCCAGAAAAUAAGAAAAAUCAAUGUAAAGAAGAAGCCAGAUCCCACAGACUUCAGUCAAAUGAAACCAGCACAGAAGCGCAAGUUUUUAGAUUCAGAGGUAUCAAGGUUUGCAGAGGCUUUGAGCAACUCUGUUGUUAAAAGUAGUCGGCUGGCUGCAAUUGGAGAUCAUCUGCGCAAGAGGUUAAAGAAAGAGGAAGAGGAGGCCGUUUUUUAGCUAAACUAUCAACCUGUGAGAUCAAGGAUACAGAGCAGCAGUGCAAAGCUCAUGCUGUGAAAUGGACUUACCCUAAUCAUAUUUUAAUGAACAUUUAGCACGUCAUCUCAGCAGCAUUGCACUCAUUUUUUUUUAACACUUAAGAAAGCAAACUUUCUUCAUGAAUGGUAUCAUCAAUAUUUUAAAACAUAACUCAAUAUUUUUUACUUGGAAUAAAAGUGAAAAAAUAUGUAACCUUUACUGAAAGAAUAUGCAAAUUGUUAUUAUGAAAAAUCUUGCAAAAUGUGAUUACAGUGAUUUUUAAAGCAUUUCACUGUUUUUUAUUUAAUCUUUACUACACUGGCAAAAUGACUGUCAUCAUCUCUUCAUGUUGCCUGAACUUGUGAUUCAGAACUGGCCCUGAUGCUUUCUGUGUCGAUUUCCUCCUGGGGCUUUUAUUUUUAAUGACAUUUUCCGGCUUUGUGUUUUAUGCAUGCACUCUGCUGUGGAAUAAGAAAACCUGUUUAUGGUAAGUGCAUAAAAGUGUCGAUUUAGAGCUUGUUUUUCAAAUUGUCAUUUGCCAGGUACUGUUUGCUGUGAAACAAAAAGAAAAUAAAAAGAAGGUGAAGGCUGUGAGAAUGUGCAUUUGCUGUACAACAGUGUCAUGAGUACACUGA